GUCGAUUUGGCACUCCAAAGCUCGUCCGGCCUACUGAGUACUGGACGUCUAUCACUGCAGCAAGACGGACUUACACGCAUAGUGGCGUAUACUCAAGAUGGAUGCUGUAGAAAAGGCCAAUCUCGAGAGACAGAAGCGAUGGGCAAAGGAGAGGAAAGUCGGCGAGGGUACAUAUGCCGUGGUGUAUCAAGGCCGGGAAGUUGGGACGGGUCGGAAAGUGGCCAUAAAGAAGAUCAAAGUCGGAGCCAUGAAGGAUGGCCUGGACAUGUCCGCCAUCCGUGAAGUAAAGUAUCUGCGAGAACUAGAACACCAAAAUGUUAUUUCGCUGCUAGACGUCUUCUCCUCCAAAACCAACCUUAACCUGGUCCUGGAAUGGUUAGAGACUGACCUAGAGAUGAUCAUUAAAAACCACUCUCUCGUCUUCCUUCCAGCGGACAUCAAAAGCUGGAUCGCUAUGACCCUACGCGGCCUCGAAUUCUGCCAUAGGAACUUCAUUCUCCAUCGAGAUCUGAAACCCAACAACUUGCUUAUCGCUGCUGAUGGACAACUAAAGAUUGCCGACUUCGGUCUCGCAAGAGACUUUGCCGAUCCUGGUUACAAGAUGACUUGUCAAGUCAUCACCCGAUGGUACCGACCACCUGAGCUCCUCUUCGGAUGCCGGUACUACAGCACCGCUGUCGACAUGUGGUCAGUUGGGUGCAUUUUCGCCGAAUUGAUGCUUCGUACCCCCUAUCUUCCUGGAGAGAGUGAUAUGGAUCAAUUGAAGACCAUAUUCCGGGCUCUCGGCACUCCAACAGAGGAAGAGUGGCCGGGUCACACAAAACUGCCCGAUUACGUUCCCGUAGGCCAGUUCACAAAAUCUUCUAUGAGGGACCUUUUCACGGCUGCUACUGCCGACUGCUUGAACCUGCUGAGCAAGUUCUUCAUUUACGAACCCCGCAAGCGCAUCAGUGCCAGAGACGCGUUGCAUCAUCCGUAUUUCUUCGCCCUCCCUAAUCCAACCCAUCCUUCGAAGUUACCAAAGAUCAGCACGCAGCCGUCGUCGCGUACUUUGGAAGAGGUUGACGGGAAUGUCGACCUCGACUCGCCAGGACCGGCGGUGAAGGCACCAGCACCCGUACCAAACAGGCUAAAACGGAAACUCUCGUCGGUCAGCAGCAACCAAGACGGGCGUGAAACGUACGCCCGGCGGCUCGAUUUCUCUCAGUAGGCAGACUAGAGAAGGGUUCAAGCAAACUGCUUGAUGGAUCCUUGAUUCGUGACAGAGCCCUGUAACUACUAGACAAGAGUCGGACAGUUAUGUACAGUAUCUGGAUGUUGUAAGACUAGCGGCGAAAUUGUAGGGAAGUAAAAAAUACAUUAUGGCAAAACAGACGGAUAUUGCAACGACGAGAAAAAAAUGAGGAAGUGUACGCAACUCAACAUUCCACACGGUGAUUGUCCAGCAUUUGAGAUAUAUGCAAUGUAUUGCUGCCGCCUAGGCAUGGUCAUGGCCGAGGCUCUUCGCAGACGACGCACUUCUCUGCAGUGGCUGGACUAACACACAUGCAAGUGGAACAUGUCCACUUUGCACCGCUUGCAGCUGCAGGUGCCUUGACACCCGC